AUGACGUCUAAUUGGAAUGUGAAAUUUUAUCCACCUCGACCCUUAGUCCUCUUUGCUGAACAAGCGAAAUCCUACUGCUCACUCGCUGUGAAUUAAUUUUUUUUAAAUUUAUAUUAAAAUGCCCAUAAAAUUUUAAUAUUCCAAUUUCUAAAAAUAUGAAAUGAAAAUUUAAUGUAUUACUUUAGAAUGAAAAAUUAUUAAAUUAAUAAGAGAUUUAUUUUUAGUAAUAUUACUUAUAUAAUUGGAUUUUCUAAUAUUUUGUUCGCUAAUGAAGAAGGAGUUAGCAGAUUUGCUAUCAUAUCACAAGCAUCAAAAUAGAUUUUCGAGUCUAAGGUCACUAUCCCCUAUCCUUCUCAAAGAAAAAAAAUCCGAAAAUUUAAUUGAGCUAAAAAGUUUACUCGAAAAAGCUAUCAACAGAAAAUCAAGCCCAAUGAGUAUUAUAGAAGACUCUCCUCAAAAAGAAUCAACCCCAAAAAUACAAACUACAGAAUCAGUUAAAAAAAUUGAUUUACUUCCAUAUAUUUAUAAAAGGAAAAGGCGACGAUCUAAAAAGCCAUUGCUCUUUGUUCUCAAUAAGUGCACAUCCCCUGUAACAUUCCUCUCCAAUCCCGUCAAUUUUCCACGACCCAAGCCAAUUCCUUCAAACCGUCAAAUUUCCAAACCAAAACUCCCUACAGCAAAACAAAGCUCCCGCUCAUUCUCCUUAAGCCCAGCCACUGAAGACACAAUUUAUGACAUAAGAAGAAAGAGCGUUUUACCCGAAAUCCGAAAAGACAUAAGCAGAAAAGAACUUAGCCCGAAUCUAAUAAGAAAACUCGACUUAAGCCAUUGCAGAAAUCCCUCAAAAAGCAGCUUUUUGAGCAGCUCUAAUGAGACUUAUGACUAUGUAAAAAAUGAGCUGACUCCUCAGAUAAUGGAAAAAUGGUUUUAG